AUGCCUCGUCGAAGCACCAAAGGCAUCGUGUCGGGCGAAUCAGAGAUGAUUAGCGACCCUCUAAAUGCGACCGAAGCUCGUUCAGAAACCCAUCAGUCAACAUCAGUCCCGACCACCAAUGACAAGCAAAUGCCUGCCGCGAUAGUGGAGGCCUUGCCACCAGCGCAACCGCUACCCCUGGAUGUCGAUCUACGCUUCCUCCAGGAUCGCGACCUGUACCAUAAACUAACAACCGAUGAUAUCCACAAUGCAUUCCUCAAUUCAGAACUUCGUCCUCGCAAUGACGCCACCUUGGCGAUGCUCCUGGAGGGCGGCCAUUUCCGCAGGGCAGCCGAAGUCGCCAUGCGUGCCAUCAUCCAAUGUCCGCCGGACGUCGCAUCUCAGAUCUUGCCUCUUUUCUACACACGCCUAGCUUGUCUCGUUCUGAUCUCUCGACAGGACUUUGCAUUGCAGGAGGCGCUGCCGCUACUCGAGAUCCUAUCAAUCAAUUCCCAUGAAGCGCAAGCUGUCGUUGCACAAAUCCCUUGGGAGCUACGGCUCUUGCUCGCACGACUACAGAUGGCCGGUGCUGCUGACGGUGGUCGCCGUGGGAUCAUGACGCUCUACAUGCUUACCACGGAGGCCAGGGCUGCCCUUCGUGCGGGAAGAGAUGCUCGAGACCCAAGAGCGACCGAGCUCUGGAGCGCGCGUCUCCAGGAUCUCGGCUUCCGCGUCGGCGACGCUCUGGUCGAGAUGGGAGAGGUAGAGACCGCUGAUCGACAUUUCAACAGUCUUGUUGGAGUUUGUGCUACAGAGGAAUUGGAAUAUCGCAGAGCGCUUCUGCGAGUCCGUCUGGGCGAUAGAGAUGGUGCUCAGCGAAGUGUGGCAAAACUUUCCGAAGGAAGUAGGAAACGAACCUUGCACGCCGUCUUGGACAUUGCAGAAGGAGACUACACUUCUGCGAUCGAGACUUGGCAAUCGCUAAUCGAGGAAUAUCCCAAUCACGAAUUGUUCGCUCAGAAUGCUGCGGUCUCAUUGUUAUAUACGGGUCAUAUCCGAUCCACACGUGAUGCGCUUGAGGACAUUUCUCAGCGACUCCCGAUGUUCCCGGCUCUUUUAUUCAAUCUGAGCACAGUGUACGAGCUCUGCACAGAACGCGCUGCGGAGAAGAAGAGUAAUCUCGUCCAAGCGAGCGCGGACCGAACACCUCAGCCGGCAAGCGGAGGUUGGGAACGUGCUAACAUCGAAUUCAAGCUUUGA